GAGGCUCACUCUCGCCUGACAAAAUGGCCGCCAGGCGGCAAGCGUGCCGGUUUGUUGGCUCCGCCGGCGGAACAAACCAUCUCCUUUGCGGGAGGGGUGGAACCCUGCCUCAAUGUCAGUCCUGUGCGAGUAAGCUGGGCGGGAACAGUUUCCGGCGCUUGGCCGGAAGCCGGAACUCGUAGGGCAGCCGGGGGGUUCCCUCCUCAGUUCCUCUCCCAGGUCUUUCUUCUCACAGAUACAGAUGUAGAAUCACCAGAACCUAGUCUAUGAGAUGUGUCAUUUGAACCAGAGGUAGAAGAAGCAGGAGCAGGAAUACUCCACCCCACUCCGAAGAUGGAGUCCUUCAGAGACAAGACAGUUGAUGAGCUGAAGGAGCUGCAAGAGAAUUCAGAGGAGAUUGAACGUCUGGCACUGGAAUCUAAUGAGGUCCAGGAUCUACAGUUGGAAAGGGAGAUGGCGCUCGCCACAAACCGUAGUCUGGCAGAACAGAACCUGACGUUCCAGGAGCCCUUAGAAACGGGACGUGCAAACCUCUCAGAUAAAUAUCGGGAACUGCAAAAGCUGGUUGAGCAGUGCCAGGAGCAGAAGGCAAAAUUAGAGAAAUAUUCAAAAGCGAUACAGCCUGGCACACUGCUAAGUCUUCUUCAGGUAGAAGGGCAGAAAAUUGAAGAGGAAUCUGAGGCAAUGGCUGAAAAGUUCCUGGAGGGUGAAGUGCCCCUGGAAACAUUUCUUGAGCAGUUUUCCUCCAUGAGGAAGUUGUCCCAUCUGCGACGGGUGAAGGUGGAGAAGCUUCAGGAAAUUCUGAGGAAACCUCAGUCUUCACAAGAGCCAUCCAACAGCACUGCGUUCAACCAUCAACACCCUUCUGGCGUACCUGCUGGGCCUGUAGUUCAGCAGCCACAGACUAGUGCGUCUGGGGGACCACCCUUUCCUUUACCUUACAGUUUAUCUCCUGGUAUGCCUAGUGGCCCAUCAGCUCAUGGAGCUCUCCAGCCAUCUCCUUUUGCUGGAGCAUCUGCUAUAGGAGGGUAUGCUGUGUCUCAACCAUAUCCCCAACCUCCAUUUCCUUAUAAACACCUCUCAGGUCCUGGAUACCCCCCUCUGCCAGCUGGGGGUUCAGGACCUCAGUCUCAGGCAAGUGACCCUUCUUCAUCCCCUGGAUACUCUUGGUCUCCAUCCAGAGCACCUCCUAGUAGACCAGGAUACCCACAGCCCCCUCCGGCUCCAUCUACAAGACCAGGGUUCCCUCAGCCUCAGUAUUUCCCAUCAGAUGGGAAGCCAUCGUGCCCAUAUCCUACACAACCUACAGUGCCUAGUUUUCCAAUUCCUUCUCAGUCUCCGUAUCCCACAGGUCCAAGCCAAUCCUUUGGUUAUCCACCACUGCCCCCUCGAGGCCCAUCUUGGUCGGGGUACUAGUCAGGGCUCCCAGUCAUAUUCAUUGAUAGAAUGGCCUAAAAAGCAGAUUUUUGCUUGCUGAAAAGAUCUGAGAUGAAAUCCUGGAAGCAUCAUCUUAGGAGACCAAUUUGUGUAGCCGUUGUUCUAGGGAUAGGCAGCUGUUAAGGUCUGGGAGGGCUACAUUGGCUGUCCAAAGGGAGCUCAUUCCUGCCAUUGCAGUGUCACAUCCUCAAAUUAGUCUUAAAAAUACAAUUGUUGGCACAAAGUGCACCCAUGUGCCCCCUGAGCAUUGGGGGGGGGGGGGGGGAGUGGAG